GCGGGGUGUGAUGGUGCGCAGGUGUCUGACAGUGAUCUCUGUGUGCAGCGCUGUGGCUUCUCAGAGCUGUACUCCUGGCAGAGGGAGAGGAAGGUGAAGAAGGAGUUCUGUCUCCACGAUGGUCCACCCUAUGCUAAUGGAGACACACAUGUUGGGCAUGCCCUCAACAAGGUACUGUAUACUCUCACCCCCAAACUCGGCCUCAUCUAUCAGGACUACAAGCCUGUGUUCUGGUCCCCCUCCAGCAGGACAGCGCUGGCUGAGGCGGAGCUGGAGUACAAUCCCAAUCACGUGAGCCAGGCUGUGUACACCACCUUCCCUGUGAUCACGCCCCCUCCCAAACUGGCCUCCGCCACAGAGGACUGGUGCAGUGUGGGAGUUUUGGUGUGGACCACCCAGCCCUGGACCCUCCCUGCCAACGAGGCCAUCUGCUACAUGCCCAACGCACAGUACUCAGUUGUGAGGAGAGCUGACAACUCACAGCUCCACCUGGUGGCUACUGAGCGUAUUGCCAGCCUUGCCACCCUGCUGGGCACCCAGCUGGACACCACUGCCUCCUUCACAGGGUCCGAGCUGGAGGGUGGGGUUUGCAGCCAUCCCUUCAUCCCUGGCAAGGCGUCUCCACUGCUGCCCGCCAACCAUGUGACCAUGGGCAAGGGCACGGGAUUGGUGCACACCGCGCCCGCCCACGGCAUGGAGGACUACAGCGUCGCCUCGCACUUCAAGCUGCCCGUGGUGUGCCUGGUGGAUGAGGAGGGCCGGUUCCUGGAGCAGGCGGGGCCGGAGCUGUGCGGCAAGGAGGUGCUGGACCAGGGCAGCCGCACAGGUGAGUGUGGCAGUGCAGGCCCUGGAUCCUCUUGCAGGCUGACCCCUGUCUGGAGAGCGUCGUGGAUGACCGUGUGUCUGCUCUCUCCCGCAGACUCGGAUCCGCAGGCUGACGUCUACGUGGAGGGCAAGGACCAGCUGGGCGGGUGGUUCCAGUCCUCCCUGCUGACCAGCGUGGCUGUGCGCAACAAGGCCCCCUACAGGUCGCUGGUAGUGCACGGUUUUGCUCUGAGUGAGCAAGGGGAGAAGAUGUCCAAGUCUCUGGGGAACGUCAUGGACCCCGAUACGGUCAUCAAUGGGGGCCCGGUGAGGACGGACACGGUCUCUCACACAUUCAUCUCUCAAGCCAGAUCAUUGAAAAGGCCGGCUGUGCCUGAGGGAUUUCUGUUUCACCCUGUGCCACUGUCUCUUAGGCUGUACUGUGAUCCUGAAAGCUCGUUGGGUCGGCGUUCUUGCCAGACAGUACUGGAAGAGAUUCUAGAUGGGGUGACGCAUUCUAUCGCCCCCAUCCUUCCACACCUGGCUGAGGAGGUGUACCUACACUCACCUGGACGCACAGGUACACCCGGGCAGGAGCUCUGCCGACUGACGUAG